CGGGCGCAGCGGAGCCGGGCCCCGCCAUGCGAUCAGGCAGUGCGUUGACCGGCCCGGCCGGCCGGCCCCUUCUGGGUCCUCCCUGUGCAGCCCGUGCGGGGCCGUCCCGGAGACCCCGCGCCGACGGCUGCUCAAACAUCAGGGUGUUCCAAGAGGCCAGAAGAGGGUGCCAGAUCCCCUGGAGCUGGAGUUACAGACAACUGUGAGCUACCUAACAUGAAUUCUGGAAACUGAACCCCAGUCCUCUGCGAAAGCACUGGCCCUACAAAGGACACUGUCAAAGUCCCCAGCCCGGGGCCCUGCGUAGACCUGGAGUGGCCACCCCAUCCUUCCCUUCAUGAUCCGUUCAUAGCACAGUGGAAAUGGAUGAUGAGGAUGGGAGAUGCUUACUAGACGUGAUUUGUGACCCUCAGGCCCUCAAUGAUUUCCUGCAUGGAUCCGAAAAGCUGGACAGCGAUGACCUCCUGGAUGCCCCUGUGGAGGCCCAGAGUGCCUUCUAUGAAGGUCCAGGGCUCCACGUGCAGGAAGCUGCCAGCAACCACUUGAACCCUGAGCCCAGCCAGCCUGCUCCCAGCGUGGACCUGGACUUCCUGGAAGAUGAUAUCUUGGGCUCCCCUGCAGCAGGAGGAGGUGGAGGAGGCAGCGGGGGCCCGGACCAGCCCUGUGACAUCCUUCAGCAGAGUCUGCAGGAGGCUAACAUCACAGAACAGACCUUGGAGGCAGAGGCAGAACUGGACCUGGGCCCCUUCCAGCUGCCCACCCUACAGCCCGCUGAUAACGGGGCAGGUGCUACCGGGGCUGCUGGAGCCGCUGCGGUGACUGCCGGAGCCCAGGCUCUCUUCCCAGGCGGCGCCGAUCUGCUGGGGCUACAAGCCCCGCCCACCGUCCUGACCCACCAGGCUCUGGUGCCACCCCAGGAUGUGGUCAACAAGGCCCUGAGCGUCCAGCCCUUCCUGCAGCCUGUGGGCCUGGGCAACGUGACCCUUCAGCACAUUCAGGGCCUUCCCAAUGGCAGUCCUGGGGGUGCUGCAGCAGCCACCUUAGGUCUGGCACCCAUUCAGGUAGUAGGCCAACCCGUCAUGGCCCUUAACCCGCCCACCUCCCAGCUUUUGGCAAAGCAGGUGCCUGUCAGUGGCUACCUGGCCUCAGCAGCUGGUCCCUCGGAGCCUGUGACGCUGGCAUCCGCUGGCAUGUCCCCCCAGGGGGCCGGCCUGGUCAUCCAGAAGAGUCUCCCAGCUGCGGUGACUACCACACUCAAUGGGAACUCGGUGUUUGCCGGUACAGGGGCUGCCACUGCAGGAGCCAGUGGGGCGCCCUCGGGACAGCCGCUGGCGGUGGCCCCGGGCCUUGGCACGUCACCGCUGGUACAAACGCCCAAUGUGAUUCUACACAGAACCCCCACACCCAUCCAGCCGAAGCCUGCAGGGGUGCUGCCCCCGAAACUCUACCAGCUGACACCCAAGCCCUUCACCCCCACGGGGGCCACCCUCACCAUCCAGGGUGAGCCAGGAACCUUGCCCCAGCAGCCUAAGGCCCCCCAGAACCUGACUUUCAUGGCCGCAGGCAAAGCUGGCCAGAACGUGGUGCUGUCCAGCUUCCCGGCACCAGCCUUACAGGCGAAUGUAUUCAAGCAGCCGCCGGUUACCACCACAGGCACGGCCCCGCAGCAGCCCCCCGGAGCCCUCAGCAAGCCCAUGAGCGUCCAUCUUCUCAAUCAAGGCAGUAGCAUUGUGAUCCCUGCUCAGCACAUGCUGCCUGGCCAGAACCAGUUCCUGCUGCCUGGCACCCCGGCUGUUCAGCUCCCCCAGUCGCUGUCUGCCCUGCCUGCCAACGUGGGCGGCCAGAUCCUCACAGCCGCGGCACCACAUGCAGGCGGACAGCUCAUCGCCAACCCGAUCCUCACCAACCAGAACCUGGCAGGCCCGCUGAGCCUGGGCCCCGUGCUGGCACCCCACUCAGGGCCACACAGCGCCGCUCACAUCCUCUCCGCAGCUCCCAUCCAGGUGGGCCAACCUGCCCUCUUCCAGAUGCCUGUGUCGCUGGCUACUGGCAGCCUGCCCACCCAGAGCCAGCCGGCCCCCACCGGCCCCACGGCCACCACUGUCCUCCAGGGCGUCACCCUGCCUCCCAGCGCUGUGGCCAUGCUCAACACCCCUGAUGGACUGGUACAGCCCACCACCCCAGCUGCCACUGCUGGGGAGGCCGCCCCUGUCCUGGCGGUUCAGCCCGCCACCCAAGCGCCCCCCGCCGUCACCACACCACUGCCCAUGGGCCUCCAGCAGCCACAGGCACAGCAGCCGCCCCAGGCCCCUACCCCGCAGGCGGCCACCCAGCCUCAGGCCACCCCUCCUCAGGCCAGCCCAAGCCUGGCAUCCAGCCCAGAGAAGAUAGUCCUGGGGCAGCCGCCCCCCGCGGCCACAACGGCCAUCCUCACUCAGGAUUCCCUCCAGAUGUUCCUGCCCCAGGAGAGGAACCAGCAGCCCCUCUCUACAGAGGGUCCCCACCUCUCGGUGCCUGCCUCCGUCAUAGUCAGCGCCCCGCCUCCUGCCCAAGACCCAGCCCUGGCCACGCCCGUCACCAAAGGAGCUGGCCAUGGCACCCAGACCCCCGACAGCCGGGCUUCCCCAGCUCCAGCUCCCCAGAUCCCUGCAGCUGCUCCGCUGAAGGCCCCCGGCCCCUCCUCCUCCCCAUCACUACCUCACCAGGCCCCCCUGGGAGACAGUCCCCACAUGCCCUCCCCACACCCUGCCAGGCCCCCUUCCCGCCCACCCUCGAGACCCCACUCUCGCCCUCCGUCCCAGCCCCAGAGCCUGCCCUGCCCACCUUCCGAGCCCAGCCUGCACCCCUGCCCUCCACCGCAGGGUCCCCCGACUCUGCCUGGCAUCUUUGUCAUCCAGAAUCAAUUGGGUGCCGCACCACCAGCUGGCACCCCAGCCACCACGGCCCCAGGCCCACCUCAGCCCCCUCUGCGGCCCCCAUCCCAGCCUCCUGAGGGCCCGCUGCCCCCAGCCCCCCACCUCCCUCCUGCCUCCACCCCCUCCACCGUGGCCUCCUCUUCUGAGCCUUCCACCAGGUUGCCAGCCCCCACACCCCCCGACUUCCAUCUCCAGUUCCCACAGGGCCAGGGACCCCAUAAGUCCCCUACUCCGCCCCCAGCCCUCCACAUGGUCCCCGAGCCCACAGCACCUCCUCCUCCACCGCCUCGGACCUUCCAGAUGGUAACUGCCCCCUUCCCCGCGCUGCCCCAGCCAAAAGCACUUCUGGACCGGUUCCAUCAGGUCACAUCUGGGAUUAUUCUCCAGAAUAAGGCUGUGGGCACCACCACCACCCCACAGACGUCCACCGCCCUGGCACCCCUCGCCAAUCCUACUGUGCUAGUCAGUGGACAGGCACCACCUGGGACUCCUGCCGCCUCCAGCCAUGCCUCAGCCUCCACACCAAUGGCCACCACAGGCCUCCCUCCUCUGCUUCCUGUGGAAAACAAGGCUUUUGCCAGCAACCUUCCAACCCUGAGUGUGGCCAAAGCUGCUGUGUCUGGGCCUGGGAAGCCCCCAACGAUGCAGUAUGACAGCAAGCUGUGUAGCCUGAAGAAACAGCCCUUGCUGCAACCCAGCAAAGAAGCCUGCUUCCUGGAGCAUCUGCACAGGCACCAGGGCUCUGUCCUGCACCCCGACUACAAGACAGCCUUCCCUUCCUUCGAGGACGCCCUCCAUCGCCUCCUGCCCUACCAUGUCUACCAAGGCGCCCUCCCCUCCCCCAACGACUACCACAAAGUGGAUGAAGAGUUUGAGACUGUCUCCACACAGCUGCUCAAACGCACCCAGGCCAUGCUCAAUAAAUACCGGCUUUUGCUUCUGGAAGAGUCCAGGAGAGUCAGUCCUUCCGCGGAGAUGGUUAUGAUCGACCGAAUGUUCAUUCAGGAGGAGAAGACCACCCUUGCCUUGGAUAAGCAGCUUGCCAAGGAGAAGCCUGAUGAAUAUGUGUCUUCCUCCUGCUCCCUCGGCUUCGCCGUCCCAGUGUCUUCCGAGGGUCACCGGCUACCCAGCCAUGGCCCAUCAUCCUCAUCUUCCUCAUCCACAACGUCUGCCCAGCCCCCUCCUCACCUACCUACCAAGCUAGUGAUCCGACAUGGUGGGGCUGGAGGCUCCCCUUCGGUAACCUGGGCCAGGGCGUCGUCAUCCUUGUCAUCAACAUCCUCAUCUUCAUCUUCAUCCUCCGCCGCCUCAUCCCUGGACGCUGAUGAGGAUGGUCCCAUGCCCUCCCGCAACCGGCCGCCCAUCAAGACCUACGAGGCCCGGAGUCGCAUCGGCCUCAAACUCAAGAUCAAGCAGGAGGCGGGGCUCAGCAAGGUGGUACACAACACUGCCCUGGACCCUGUGCACCAGCCCCUGCCCGCCCCGGCCCCUGCGAAAGGGGCGGAGCCUCCGCCGCGCCCAGCUCCGCCCCCGCCUCCGCCUGCCACGCAGGCGCAGAUGAAUGGCACUCUGGACCAUUCCCCGCCCACAGCACGCAAACCCUCGAUGCCCGCGUCCUGCCCACGUCUACCGCUGCGCAAGACCUACCGCGAGAACGUAGGUGAUCCGGGGGCGGCCGAGGGGGCACAGGGACAGCCGCGGGGUGCGGGCAGCCCACCCCCACUGCCCGCCAAGGUAGAUGAGGCUACCAGUGGCCUGAUCCGGGAGCUUGCGGCGGUGGAGGACGAACUGUAUCAGCGGGUUCUGAAGGGCGGCCCACCACCCCUGGACACGCCAGCGUCCGCCACCGGCCAGGCCCCCACCGAACCUGGUUGGGAAGCACCCGCCCUGCCCCCAGCCAAACGACGCAAGUCCGAAUCCCCCGACGUGGACCAGGCCAGCUUCUCUAGUGACAGCCCGCAGGACGAUACCCUCACCGAGCAUUUGCAGAGCGCCAUCGACAGCAUCCUUAACCUGCAGCAGGCCCCCGGCCGGACACCCGCAGGCCCGUACCCCCAUACGGGGCCCACGCCUGGCGCGCCCGCAUCCCCAGCCCCCCUGCACAGGCCCGACGCCUUCCCGCCCUCCAGUCACAACGGUGGCCUCGGCGCCAGAACGUUGAACAGAUAACACUGGGCUGCUCCUGCGGCCUCUGUCAGGCGCUUCCAGGGCAGCAGCCUGGCAGCCCGCCUCCACCUCUGAGGGGCGCCAACCCGGUUCCCCUGACGAUUCUUGCCUAAGUUAUUUGAGUCACAAAGGCCUCCCCACCUUCCUGCUUCCACGUUGGCUAGAGAUUUGGGAGGGGCCGUGGGUUUCUAGAGAAGGUGGCUGUAAUGUACAGGAUCCCCCUGGCACAGGACGGGACAGGGGGUACGUGUGAGUGUUGCCCGGGACUCGGUACUGGGUUUGACGUACCGGUAACAUCUAAAUCCGGGUAUUGUCUGAUUCGCCUCGUGGAUCCGUCCGGGCGCCCACAGCUGGGAGAGAUCCUCAGAUAGGCUCGGCUCUCUUCCGAUUGCCCGUGGAGCCUGGAAAAUUAGGAAGCAAGGACUCAAGUCAGUGUCCCAAAGUACCUGCGUCCCAUCCGUACGCGCACCCUCCUGAGUCAUCCUGUGUGUGUGUGUGUGCGCGCGAGAGAGAGAGUGAGCGAUCCCCACUGCCUCCAUCCCGCCAAAGGAACAAGACACGGGGUCUUCCUCCCUUCUCCCAAGCCGUCUUCCCUGUUCUUGCCUCCAGCCCGCCACGCCACGUUUUAAAAUCUCGGAGACAAAACUAGUACUGUAAGAUAAAGAUUUUUUUUGUACUGUAUUUAUUGUGUAUAACGAUUUUUUUAAGGGAGAAUUCUGUACAUCUAGAACUCUUGUAAAUUAAAGGC